AUGCUGGACUUCAAGUUACUGGGAAUACUGGUUCUAUGUCUCCACGCUGGGGGCAUCACGGGCAGUGGGGACCCCCCGCCCCAGCCACCGGCCGACGCCCCCGAGGAGGCAGCCGCCCCCACCUGGCCCCAGGGUCCCCCGAUCCCCGGCGACCCUUGGCCCGGUGUGCCCCCCAUCUUUGAGGACCCCCCGCCCCCGGGCCCCAGCCGAAGCCUGCCCGAACCCGGCGUCUGGCCCCCCAACCCCGGACGGCCCAGCACACCCCAGCCGCCACGCCCCGACGACCCCUGGCCCGCCGGACCCCAACCACCCGAGAACCCGUGGCCACCUGGCCCCGAGAUGGAUGCCGCCCCCCAACACGAGCCGGACUUCGACCCUCCUCGAGAGGAAUACAGAUGA